AUGAGAAGUUUGUGUCUGCUGGUGCUUCUACUGGUGCUCCUGGACUGUUGUCUGUGCCAGUUCCCUCGUCCCUGUGCCACCUCCGAGGGGCUGCGGACCAAAGAGUGCUGCCCUGUGUGGGAGGGGGACGGCUCGGCCUGUGGAGCUCUGUCUGGGAGAGGCUUCUGCACAGAGGUGGAGGUCUCUGAUGAGCCCCAUGGGCCCCAGUACCCUCACAGUGGAAUAGAUGAUAGAGAGCGCUGGCCAACAGCUUUCUUCAACAGAACAUGCCGCUGUGCUGGAAACUAUGGAGGAUUUAACUGUGGGGAAUGUAGGUUUGGUUACUGGGGAGCCAACUGUGCUGAGUACCGAGAAUCUGUUCGUCGGAACAUACUAACUCUUUCAACUGUAGAACAGCAAAAGUUUAUUUCCUAUCUGAAUCUGGCCAAAAACACAGUAAGCCGUGACUACGUGAUCUCCACAGGAACAAGAGCACAAAUGGGUGCAAAUGGAGAAAACCCCAUGUUUUCAGAUAUCAACACAUAUGAUCUGUUUGUUUGGAUGCAUUACUAUGUGUCCAGAGAUGCUUUUCUUGGAGGACCAGGAAAUGUUUGGAGAGACAUCGACUUUGCCCAUGAAUCUGCAGCCUUUCUGCCCUGGCACAGAGUCUUCCUACUUAAUUGGGAGAAUGAGAUAAGGAAGCUGACCGGAGAUUUUAAUUUUACCCUCCCAUAUUGGGACUGGAGAAAUGCCCAAAGCUGUGAGGUGUGCACAGACGCUCUGAUGGGAGGCCGCAAUGCUCUCAAUCCAAACCUUAUCAGCCCUGCUUCUGUCUUCUCAUCAUGGAAAGUGAUCUGCACUCAGCCUGAAGAAUACAACAAUAGAGAAGCACUGUGUAACUCCACUGGGGAGGGUCCCCUGUUGCGUAAUCCAGGCAAUCAUGAUACCAACCGUGUGCAGCGACUUCCCACUGCUGCUGAUGUGGAGUUUGCUUUAAGCCUGCCCCAGUAUGAAACAGGAGCCAUGGACAGAUUCUCCAACAUGAGCUUCAGAAAUGUCCUGGAAGGGUUUGCCAGUCCAGCAUCAGGUUUGGCUGUUCCAGGCCAAAGCACGAUGCACAAUGCACUUCAUGUGUUCAUGAAUGGGACCAUGUCUUCAGUUCAGGGCUCAGCUAAUGACCCAGUGUUUCUGCUGCACCAUGCUUUCAUUGACAGCAUCUAUGAGCGAUGGCUCAGGACACACCAACCUCCUCGCUCCAACUAUCCCCGGGCCAAUGCACCCAUCGGUCACAAUGAUGGUUACUACAUGGUGCCAUUCAUGCCUCUUUACAGAAAUGGAGAGUAUUUUCUUUCUAACAAAAAUCUGGGUUAUGAAUAUGCCUAUCUGCUGGAUCCAGGCCAAAGGUUUGUACAGGAGGUUUUAACACCUUACCUGGAGCAGGCCCAGCAGAUCUGGCAGUGGCUUUUGGGAGCUGGCCUUUUUGGGGCAGUCCUUGCUGUCUUAAUAGUUGCAGUCUUUAUAGCUGUCAGAAGAACGAUGAAACAUGGUAAGAGGAAGAAGAGAGCAUCCAGUUUUGGAGAGAGACAGCCACUGCUGCAGAGCAGCUCAGAAGAGGGCUCAUCUUCAUAUCAGACACAUCUGUAA